UCCCCUCUCGCUCACUCCCCCCCCCCCCCCACUUUUAAGGUCCGUCUCGCGCGGCGCUGUGGGCCCUGCUGAGUCGGGAUGAGCCGCGCUGCUUCCCCAUGGAGACCAAGCGGGCCGAGAUUCCCAGCGGCGUCCUGGACGACCUGUGCAGUCGAUUUAUUCUGCACAUUCCCAGUGAGGAACGGGACAAUGCUAUCCGAGUGUGUUUUCAGAUUGAGCUUGCCCAUUGGUUUUACUUGGAUUUCUACAUGCAGAACACACCAGGAUUACCUCAGUGUGGGAUAAGAGAUUUUGCUAAAGCUGUUUUCAGUCAUUGCCCUUUUUUACUGCCUCAAGGUGAAGAUGUGCAGAGGGUUUUAGAUGAAUGGAAAGAGUACAAAAUGGGAGUGCCAACCUAUGGUGCCAUUAUUCUCGAUGAGAGCCUUGAAAAUGUGCUGCUGGUCCAGGGUUAUUUAGCAAAGUCAGGCUGGGGAUUUCCAAAAGGGAAAGUGAAUAAAGAGGAAGCUCCACACGACUGUGCUGCUAGAGAGGUAUUUGAAGAAACUGGUUUUGAUAUAAAAGAUUACAUCAAUAAAGAUGACUAUAUUGAAUUGCGAAUAAAUGAUCAGCUGGCACGCUUGUACAUCAUUCCAGGAAUUCCAAAGGACACAAAAUUUAAUCCCAAAACAAGGAGAGAGAUUCGGAACAUUGAAUGGUUCUCAAUUGACAAAUUGCCUUGCCAUAGAAAUGAUAUGACUCCGAAGUCCAAGUUGGGUUUGGCACCUAACAAGUUUUUCAUGGCCAUUCCCUUCAUCAGACCACUGAGAGACUGGCUUUCUCGACGGUAUGGAGAUUCUUCUGAUAGUGACAAUGGAUUCUCAUCAACUAGUAGUAGCACACCACCUAAAUCCAACAUGGAAAAAAUGAGAUCCAAACUCCAUUAUAGCCUGCCAGUGGUUACAGAUGGUCCUUCAGGAGACCAGUGGACAAAACAAAGGCAGUUGCAGCAACAGAAGCCAUAUAACAAUCAUUUUGAGACGUCAGAUGCAUUAAAACUAAAGAACCCACGUAGCAAUGGUAGAAAGCAAUACCAAGACACUCCCAAUCAAAAGAAGAAAACUAACGGAGUGCAAAGUCAGCCAGCUAAACAGAACCAAACUUUGAAAUGUGAAAAGAAGUUACAUCCCAGGAGACUUCAAGAUAAUUUUGAAACAGAAGCAGCAUAUGACAUAUGUUGUGUCAAUGAAGACCAGCUCUUGGAACAUGGACAAUCAGGGUCAUGCAAUGGCCACUGCAAAUUCACUUUCUCCUCACGAGCUUUUCUGAGCUUCAAGUUUGACCAUGACGCAAUCAUGAAAAGUUUUGACCUUUGAUGGUUGUUCAUUUGCACAAGUCUGCCACAGAUCUGGUGCAAAGUAGCUGAGCAGGUUUCUUAAAUCCAGCCUUUACCCUUUCUCAGGUUUAAAAGCAAUGCAGGGACCUAGUGAUGGGCUGGAAGGCUUCUCAUCGCAAUGUGGGAGUGACACCAUUACAGUGUUGCACUUUAAAUGCAGUAUAGCUUUUACCUGCAGAGAGGG